AUGAUAAUACAUGUAUGCUAUUUCUUAUUGAUGAUGAUGAUUGCGCUUGUUGGGAGAACUGAACUCUGCCGAUUCAGUGGUGUAAAGAUCUACCCCGGAAGAGGCAUCAUAUUUAUUCGUAGUGAUUCACAGGAAUUUCUAAUUGUGAACUCGAAAUGUAAGAGGUAUUUCCACAACCGUUUGAAGCCUUUGAAGCUCACAUGGACUGCCAUGUUCAGAAAGCAACACAAGAAAGACAUUGCCCAAGAGGCUGUGAAGAAGAGGCACUACGCCACCAAGAAGUCAUACUCUAGGUUCAUUGUUGGUGCUACCUUGAAAGUCAUUCAGAAGAAAAGAUCUGAGAAGCGUAAAGUUCGAGAUGCAGCCAGAGAAGCUGCUCUCCGUCACAUGAAACAGAGACUGAAACUGAAAACAUAA